AUGCCCAAAGAAGGCCGAUUGGAUCCAAGCAAAACUUUCAAAUCUCAACAAGAAUUCGUGACCAGAACAAUAAUCUUUACGAUUAAACAGCUCAUAGACUUUACUGUUUACCCGGUGAAUGAAAAUAUUCUUUAUCAAAUUAUAUAUAGAAGACAUCGUAGCCAGCGAGAUACAUACCAAAUCAACAAUAAAGAACUAGAGGAAAAAAAAAGGAAUCAAAAAGAAACACAAAAACACACGCUGGUCAGAGGCCAAUUCAAUAAAACCGAAUUGGAACCUAUUACCAAACAAAAUUGCUAUCACAGCCCGGAAGAGUCGGAUGAAAAUAACAAUAUUAUUGUGAAAGACCUGCCCUGGCGUUCGGAUACUGUAAAUGAAUAUGUUAAAGGAUUUGAUUUAUAA